GUCAGUGCAGUCUCCGACGUCUAGGCGCUCGCUAAUCGAAUCCUAGAAAAAAAUUUUCAAAAUUCUUGAGACCGGCAUGUAAACGAUGUGGUGGGGCGCAAAACGCGCGCGAAAAUAUUUUUCUAUAAAUAUAUACGAAAAAAGGAAACAGUGCCCUCUUGUGGACAAAUUAUAAUUUAUUCAUGCAAAUAUAUUGAAUCUGUGAAACAAAGUGAUACACUUUUAAAAUUUGAAGAUUAAAUGAAAUCUAGAAAGUACGAGGUAAAAUUGCUACGUCUUAUGAUGAUUAUCGUCGUGUGAACUCAAGUGACAUAUUGACGGUUCCGACAACUCGAUGUAAAUCUCGUGUUUAGAAUGCAUCACUUGUACCCAACGGCCAAAGGGGAUCCUUUAUGUCCUCUUGGCUUUCAUCCGCAAGUGCGAUGGCCGACACGCUGUAAACGAUGCUUCAGGGAUUAUAAGGAUCAUGUAGGAAAAAGCAGAAGCAUAAAAGACACAACAUCAUCGACACCUACUUUAUCACCUCGCGAGCAAUCAUCAAAAAACUCUGCAGGGAAUUCCGACAGCAAAAGAACGUGGGCGUCAACGUCAAAUUUAUUAAAAGACGAGUCAAAAAGCCACAUCAUUCCGGAAGUAACUGUCACCUGGAACUCGGCACUAGAUCUCACCUCAAUUCAAGACAAUACUACUGAAGAAAUUGUUACUACUGUAAAAAGUAAAACUACCUCAAGACCAAAAACUUAUGUUGGCUCACAAUCCGAUAGUUUUAAUUUUCGACGUCAUUCAGUUGACGAAAGUGUCAUUGAUAGACCGCAAAAAUUACAAAUCAAAGAAGUCAUUAGUAAAAGUAAUGGAAAUGCUUCUGACACUGACGCUGAAUUUAUUGUACAGGUCAGAAAACCACGUUCAGUUGAAAGUGGCGUGUCAUCGAAAGGUGAAAAAGGAAAUCCCGUUGAUGCCGUAAAUGGAAAAGGUGGAAAAACAGAAAAGAAUGAAAUCGAAAAACUUCGGGCACAAUUGAGUGAUUUAAGAAUAAGAUGCGAAAGGGUAGAGAAAGAAAAAAGUGAAAUUCUACUUCGCCGUUUGUCUAGCAUGGAUACCGUCUCUAACAGCAAGAGUAACAGCAAUGAAGUGAUGAAACUACAAAAAUCUGUUAAAGAGCUUCAAGCCAAAACUGAGGCUCUGAGUGAAGAGAAAGGCAGUCUAACGUCAAAAGUAAAAAGUUUGGAAAAAGAGCUAAACGUAAAAACGAACAAAAAUGAACGAGAGAAAUUGAACGAGGAAUUAAAGUCAAAAUUGAAGGCAGCCGAAACAUUGUGUGAGACUCUUAUGGACGAAAACGAAGACAUGAAGAAAGAAAUUCGAGAAUUGGAAGAAGAAAUUUACGAGAUGCAAGAUAACUUCAGGGAGGAGCAAGCGGACGAGUACCUGAGUCUUAGGAAAAAUUUGGAGCAAUCAAAUAAAAAUUGUCGAAUUCUUUCGUUUAAACUGAGAAAAAUUGAAAGAAGAACCGAACAAUUGGAGACGGAGAAAGUUGAUUUAGAAAAGAAAUAUGAUCAAGCAAAAAAACUAGAGGAUUUGUUAAAAAAAGUAGGCACUGAAUAUAAAAACAAAUUACCAAAGAGAAACAUAGAGCUCGAGUCGAAAGUUCAUCUUAAAAAAAUGAUGGACGCUAUAGAUAAGGAUAUAGGUGACAUUCUUGGUAUGAUAGUGACUGCAAUCGAAGGUGGCGGAACUGGUUUUCGAAAUUCCAAAGUAAAUGACACCAAUUUGAAAUAUGAUACUUUAACGAAGGAACAUGAACUCUUGAAAGAAAAACUGGAAAAGGCAAUGAAGGAAUUAGCUUCUGAAAAAGAGACAAAAAAAUCGAAAAUUGCGAAAAAUGAGGAUGGAAAAAAUAGUGAAAUUCAAAGUAUGAAGAAAAAAUUGGAUGAUACAAUUGCUUCAACAAAUAUUGAGAGAAAAUCUUGGGACACUGAGAAAGGAAAAUUACAAGAGGAAAAGGAAAAAUUAAAAUCCAAACUUUUGUCACUUUCUGCUGAAAAACUCAAAAUAUACAAUGAAGUUGUUUUACUCAAAAAGGAACUUGAGGCAAACACAUCUUCCAAGAAAGAUAACGCAAAAAUGGAAACUGUCUUAAGUGAUUUAAAAAAAGAACUUGCACAAGAAAAGGAAACAAAUAAAAAAUUAGAGGAAGGUUUAGCAUUGGCCACUGAAAAAGAAGCUAGAAUUACACAAGCAUUAACUUCGGUUGAACAUGCGAAACUUCAAUUUGAGACUAACUUAAACUGCAAGGUUCAAGAAAUUGAAAACCUCAAAUUUUCAACGUCAAAGACAAUUACAGAUUUGAAUGCAGAUAUAGAUAAAUUUAAAAGAGAAAAGGACCAAUUAAAGAGUCUGUCGGAGAAGGAUAAAGAAUCAAAAGACUUAGAAAUUAGUACACUUAAGAAAAAAAUUAGUUUUCUAGAAAAAACAGGCUUGAAUACGAAAAAAAUGAACGAUUUGAAACAAUCGUAUAACGAGAGAAUAUUAAAUCUUGAAAAUGAAGUGAAGAAGGGCUUACAGCAAUUCGAGGAAUUAAACGCGAAACAUGAAAAACUUGUAGAAUCCAGUACACAAUUAGUUGGAGAAAAUCAGGCGUUAAACAGCCGAUUUACUGAACAACAAGCUAAAAUCAAUGUCGUUCAAACGGAGCUAAAUGAUCUUCAAAAGACUUUAAAGUCCAAAGAAAAAGAGUGGAAUUCUAAAAAAAUUGGUUUUGAGCAAAAAAUAAGAGAACUCGAAAAAGUUACGAGUGUUCAGUCACAGGAAGAAGUCAAAGAAGAAAUAAGUCAUCUCAGAAAUGAAAAUGGUUCUUUACGAGAACAAUUGAAUGAUUUAAAGAAUGCAAAUGAUGACUUGAACAGUAAGCUAAACGAUUAUAACUCCGUGACGAAAAUCCAACGAAAUUUCUCGGCAGAUUCCUCGGCACUGGAGUCUGAGCUAAGAAAGGCGAAAAAUGCUCUCGCCAAUGCAGAAAAGGCAAAGAAAGCAGAUCUCGCGCAAUGCAAGAUGCGAUAUGAGCACAGGAUCUCAGCGAUCAAUGACGAAAUCCAGUCCAUACAAACACAACUUACAAGAUACAAACGUGAACGGGACACGUACAAGCACAUGUUGGAGGGUGCACAAAAAACUAUCGCGGAACUCAAGAUUGCAAGGCAACGUCGGCAUUCGACAACAUCGACUGGAAAAUCAACUGAUGAGGAUGAAGAAUCAGCACAAAUAAACGUAGCAGUUCUUGAAAAGCAAAUUAUCUCUAUGGAAGACGAACUCUCAGAAGCAAAGCUCGAAGCUUCCAAAUUAAAGACUGAAUUAGUGUCUGAAAAAUCAGCAUGGCAGAUAAAAUUAUCAGAGAUGCAGUCUCAAAUUAAUGAAUUGGAGGAGGAACGUUUGCUCGCAAGUGGACGUACGAAAAUUCCUGGACUGAAAGUGCGUAUGGAACUUGCUUGGCAAAAAGAACGAGAGGAUCAACAAAGAUUACUUCAAGAAACAGCAACGCUUGCUCGGGAUUUGCGGCAAACGCUAUUCGAAGUUGAGAGAGAACGCGAUAAGGAACGUCUAGAAAAUAAGAGAAAACAAGAUCAACUGAAGAAAGUCUUUGACGAGGAGAAAGAUGAAAAUAAGAAGAAACUUAUUGAAUUGCAAUGUGACUUGUUGGAAUUGAGAGACGCCCACGCAAAGUUGCGAACAAGCAAUGAAAAGAUGAGGCGAGAAAAAGAGCGCCACGAAAGGGAAAGGGAAGAACUAAAAACGAUUAUAGCAAAUAAACGGCACAUAGAACAAACGGAAGCUCGUAGCAUUAACAUGCUGCUGCAGCAAGUCGACGACUUGAUGAAACUAUUCCCAGAGUUGAAGAGCACCACGGAAAAUAAAACCCCUGAAGUAUACACACCCACUCCACCGAGAAGACUCAAGGGACCAAAGUCAAGAGAAUCGUCGCCAAUGUUGGAGGGCAAAGACGAUAAAGGUGGAAAGAUGGAAGGAAGAGCUGAGAAACUUGAAUAUACAAUUGGAAAAUUAAUGGAAGUUGCAAAAGAACUGCGAGAAUCAAAGAAAACUGAUGAGAGUAGUUCCAAUCGAUCUAAAAAGUUUGGUAAAAGGUCAACAUCCAUCGACAAUGACACUGGAAGAGGAACAACUGCGAGUCGUAAACCAGCUUUAAAGAGAAAGAGUCUCUCACUCGAACAGACCACAAGCAAAAACGAACAGUCAAUAUGGGGAAAUGAUAGUAAUGUUUCUAGUAUGCAAUCAUUGGAUGGAUCUGAAGGAGAUCCUCGACAUUUUAGUUUGCCGAGAGAUUCAAGCGUCGAUAGUCGACUGUCCAGUGGAUCAACAAAGAGUGAAAUGCUGCACAGAGAUAAAAAGUACGGCACGGGAAUAAUUAAAAAGUUGACAACGAAGUUGACCAAAUCUGCGAGCGUUGAUGAUCCAAACAGUUCAUAUGAGUUUUCACUUCAAACCUCGGGAUCUGAAGUUAGCAUUAACGAGGACAUUAAACGUGAUAAGAAAAACUUGAAGAAGAAAUUAACCGACAUGUUUAAGAGAGGCUCCAAAAGUAAUGGACUAGAUAAAAAAUCCGGCUCUCAGGAAAAUAGCAGACCUGCUUCGAGAAACUCGCUUGCCUCUUCAAAGAGCACAAAGCCUUGAUGAUUCUAAAAUUUCAUAACUGUACCUAGAAUCACAAUUAUUAAUGUAAAUAUAAAAAAAUUUGUACAUACAUUGCGUUUUCCUACAAUAAUAAUAAACAAAAAUCUAUUCAGUAUGAGAGAAGAGACAAUUUUUAAAAAUCUGUUCAAGUUCAGCAUUUACUUUUCAGAUUAGAGGCUGGAAACAAUUUUUAUUGAAAACAAAUUCUUUUGUAUGGUCUCGUUUUAAUUAAUAAAGUUCAAGUGUCUUUGAAAUGUAUUAUAAGGUGAAUUAUUACGUGUACAUAAAAAUCUUGUAUGUACACACGUAAAAAUACAUCAAACUUCGAAUGAAA